ACCCCGCCCAGAGCAGUGCCGCUGCCCAAAUCCUCGCAGGCAGCUCAUCAACGCAAUUGCAACUCCUGCUGGAGCCCCGGACCUGCAAGCCUGGGUGUCCGUCUGCCCGGCCAUCUGCUGGUGGCACCUCUCCCUCCUGCCGCCUCCCUCGGUGAACCCCACCUUGCAGAAGUGCAGCUCGCCCUGAGCAGCCCAGGAGCGGCCCAGGAGCUCAGCAUGCGUCCCCCAGGCUUCAGGAACUUCUUGCUGCUGGCGUCCUCCCUUCUCUUUGCUGGGUUGUCAGCUGUUCCUCAAAGCUUCUCGCCAUCUCUGAGGAGCUGGCCGGGCGCCGCCUGCAGGCUGUCCCGGGCCGAGUCGGAGCGCCGCUGCCGCGCACCUGGGCAGCCCCCGGGGGCCGCGCUGUGCCACGGCCGGGGCCGCUGCGACUGCGGCGUCUGCAUCUGCCACGUGACUGAGCCGGGCAUGUUCUUCGGGCCCCUGUGUGAGUGCCACGAGUGGGUGUGCGAGACCUACGACGGGAGCACCUGUGCAGGCCAUGGUAAGUGUGACUGUGGCAAGUGCAAGUGUGACCAGGGAUGGUAUGGGGAUGCUUGCCAGUACCCAACUAACUGUGACUUGACAAAGAAGAAAAGUAACCAAAUGUGCAAGAAUUCACAAGACAUCAUCUGCUCUAAUGCAGGUACAUGUCACUGUGGCAGGUGUAAGUGUGAUAAUUCAGAUGGAAGUGGACUUGUGUAUGGUAAAUUUUGUGAAUGUGACGACAGAGAAUGCAUAGACGAUGAAACAGAAGAAAUAUGUGGAGGCCACGGGAAGUGUUACUGUGGAAACUGCUACUGCAAGGCUGGUUGGCAUGGAGAUAAAUGCGAAUUCCAGUGCGAUAUCACCCCCUGGGAAAGCAAGCGAAGAUGCACGUCUCCAGAUGGCAAAAUCUGCAGUAACAGAGGGACUUGUGUAUGUGGUGAAUGUACCUGUCACGAUGUUGAUCCGACUGGGGACUGGGGAGACAUUCAUGGGGACACCUGUGAAUGUGAUGAGAGGGACUGUAGAGCUGUCUAUGACCGAUAUUCUGAUGACUUCUGUUCAGGUCAUGGACAGUGUAAUUGUGGAAGAUGUGACUGCAAAGCAGGCUGGUACGGGAAGAAGUGUGAGCACCCACAGUCCUGCACACUGUCAGCUGAGGAGAGCAUCAAGAAGUGCCAGGGAAACUCUGAUCUGCCUUGCUCUGGGAGGGGUAAAUGUGAAUGUGGCAAAUGCACCUGCUACCCUCCAGGAGAUCGCCGGGUGUAUGGCAAGACUUGUGAGUGUGAUGAUCGCCGCUGUGAAGACCUCGAUGGUGUGGUCUGUGGAGGCCACGGCACAUGUUCCUGUGGUCGCUGUGUUUGUGAGAGAGGAUGGUUUGGAAAGCUCUGCCAACAUCCGCGGAAGUGUAACAUGACGGAAGAACAAAGCAAGAAUCUGUGUGAAUCAGCAGAUGGCACAUUGUGCUCGGGGAAGGGUUCUUGUCAUUGUGGGAAGUGCAUUUGUUCUGCUGAAGAAUGGUAUAUUUCUGGGGAAUUCUGUGACUGUGAUGACAGAGACUGCGACAAACAUGAUGGUCUCAUUUGUACAGGGAAUGGAAUAUGUAGCUGUGGAAACUGUGAAUGCUGGGAUGGAUGGAAUGGAAAUGCAUGUGAAAUCUGGCUUGGCUCAGAAUAUCCUUAACAAUUACAUGAGAGAGGUCUGGAUUCUUAUUUUUUCUAGGCCAUUAGAACAUAUAAAUGCAAAGGAAACCAUGUAUAUUCACCACUAGGACAGGUUAAAAAGACCAUUGUAUGUUUUUCUAUUUCUGAAUUACGCAUGAAAUCCGAGUACCUAUUAGAAAUGAGUUAUGCAAAUUCAGAUGCAAAUAAGCCUAGAAAAAAAUGUUUCUUCCAUAAUUAACACAAGUGGUUCCUGACGAGAGCAAUUUUUCCACCCAAAAGACAUUUGGCAGCAUCUACAGACAAUUUUGAUUGUCACACUGGGUGGGGUGGGAAGGUAUGCUGUAGGCAUUUGGUGGGUAGAGACCAGGGAUACUGCUCAGCAUCCUGCAGUGUACAGGACAGCCCCCAAACAAGGAAUUAUCCAGCCCCAAAUGUCAAUAGGGCCCAAAUUGAGAAACAUCGAGUUACAUGGCUAUUAGAAAUCCACAUUCUUACACAUGAAAGAUCAUAUUAGAAUCUAAGGAAAACAUGCAUAUUCACAUUAAUCAAUCGAUCAGAUUUUUCCAGAAUUCCAUAUCAGUCAACAUUUUAACAUGGGGACAAUGAAGACAAAUACACAGGAGGUAGAAUAUCAGAUUGGGGCUGGAUCAAGGGCAAAACCUGGUCAUUAAGUCAUUUGACAUCAAAUCAUUUAGCCACUAAGUUAUUUGUCUACUCUCACUUUAAACUCACCAAAAAAGAUUCUCUUAAAGAAAUUAUGAAAAAUGUACAAUUUAACAUUUUAAAUAAAUAGUGACAGAAGUUGUUUAUA